AUGGCUCGUUUUGUCAGAGCAUCUAAUUUCCGUCAUGUUUUUGGAACGGCAGCAAAGAAGGAAAACUGCUACGCCGAGGGGGUCAGAAUAUCAAAGAACUCUGUAGAGUCUCCAUACUGCGCCGUUAAUCCGAAAUUCCUCGCUAUCAUUGUAGCUUCGGCUGGUGGAGGUGCAUUUCUUGUUUUACGACAUGACGAGGUAAUCUUUUUGUGUCAAUUAAGUCCUCAAAAUUGCCAAAUUGUUUGGUGUCGGGGGCGCUAUUAGCCUGUAGCUGAACUUUUUAAAGUGCACAUCAACCUAGAGAUUCAUUAUUUUCUGUUAGUUAGUCUUGCCACUAGUACAUCCUUGUUUCAGUUUUGAAGCUGAUAAGCUAAAGAACGAGGAAAUUGCCAAGGAGGGUGUAACCUCAUGACAUGAGCAAAUAUGUAUGCACGAGUGUACCAUGUAAGCUUUUACUAGCUAAAGUGCAUGGCGGUUCUGUCAAAAAGAAUGACAAAGAGAAUGACAUCUUUUGACAAUAAAUUUCUUGAUAUCCCGUUUUACCUACGUGGCGUCACAGAAAAUUCGUAUCUCUUAUUAUUUCUGACAAGGUCAUUUCCUGGUUAGAGACCAUUUGUUACCAGGGGCAGGGGUGGGGAGAUGUGGUAGGGGGGUUGGUGUUAAGAUUAUGGGGUAGGGGCAUUGUUUUUCUUUGAUGGCAAAAAAGGGUUGUACAAUUUUUGCUUUUCUGUUUUCAUCCUGAUGAGUGGAUCCACCUUUGUAACAAGCUAAAAUUGUCCACAAGACAUAUUCAUCCUGCACUGAGCAGCAAUUUUGGACAACCAGUGCUGAUUUCAGUAUCACAGGAUAGCUCAUGCCCUAGUCAAGUUAAUUUUCCUCAAUGUUUCUUUCUUCGUAAUGUUAUGUUCUCCACACAACACAAAUCAAAGGCGGGGUCUGAAACACAUGUUACUAUAGGAUUUCAGGUACACUGACAGAGGGAUGGUAGGGGAGAGGAAAAGAAAUCGCAAUCAAUAUGUUAAAGUUAAUUUUUUAUCUCAGGUAAUUUAUAUUUUUUUCUCCCGGUAACUAGUUGGGUGUAAUAACCACUACACCAUGGGGACAACCACACUGGCAAUGGGGCAAUUGAAGAUGUGAUUUACAUGUUUUAGGUAUGGGCCUUUGGGAAAAUUUCCCCUUUAAGGUGAUAAGGUAGUGGAAGCCCAUAACUCCAUUUGCAGGUGAACUAAGGGUCACAUUAAAGGGUAAGGACCGAAGUCAACUUAGCCAGCAAGACAAAGGAGGAUCCAAUUAAGGAUACAGGCUAUUCAAAUUAAUACUAGUAAUAGUUGGUACUACAGCUGCCCCCGCUCUGUAUAUUGUUGGUCAAUAGCAUUCUUGCUCGUUGUGUAGCUCUUUGAAAUAUACUGAUUCAUAAGGAAGAUUUUCACACAUAUUCCUUACAAUAGGUGAGAUAAAUACAGGAAACGCAAGGUUCCAUGCACAGUUUCAGGUCGAUUUACACAGCUUUGAUCAAAACAUUCUCAGUUUCGAGAAUAGUUUAUUCUAAACCAUAAGAAAAGAUUUAAUUAGAAGUUGAAUUUUUUGCUCUUUCUCUUUCACUUUUUACAUUCAGUUCAUUUUAUUUGCCGGAAAGGAAGUCUUAGAAAUUAAAGGGAGGUUUGAUCAAUUCACACUCGCACAUUCUAGUCUUAUCAUUUUAAACUUUAUAGCGGAAGGACGUCUGUGAGCAGGGAAUUAGUCAACACAGAAUUUGAUUGUCAGUGAAUUUCUGUAAUCGUCCAUCGUUCUGCUAGUGAGAAGCUAGCCGUUGUUCACUCAUCUUACUUGUUUGGGGCUGAGUCUUAUUCCGGUUAAAGAUAUAGAAAGAGUCUGGCAAGGUUUCCAAUGAAAGAUUUGUGAACUUGUGUCGGGCAAACUCUCCAAGUGUUUAUAUAUACACAGUUAUACACACCUUAUAACUUCCUCUGCGCUUAACGAGUGUCGUUAAAAUUUUGGUCCAUAACUUUCACUGAAACAACUGCUCCACAGAAUGUCACUGAUAACACCUAACGCAAAAGAGUGUCAAAGUAUGACUGCACAAUAAAUGUCACAAAAUCUACCUAAGUGGUUCCUUGGGGAUGUUCUGUCUUUACGUCAUCCUAACCAUUUCGUAUUUGUGGGCGCAAACAAUAGAAACGUCAUCAUUACCUACCGAUUCCUCGCAGCCCCUGUUCAAGCAAAUCAAGAUUUUUUCUAUAUUGACUGUAUGACUGGUUAUUUCAGCUGUAAGUACUUUCCUUAAUAUACGUGCAAGUUUAAUACUAGAGUGCCUCCUCGAGAUUUUGCCUUCUGGGCGAAAUCCCUGCGGCGGCAAUUAAAUCACUAUAUACUAUAUUUACAGGACCGUGAAUGGGAGAUUUGGUGGGGGUGUAUGCUUCUAUAUUCGUUCGAAUAUAAAUUAUGAAGUCCGCGAGGAUUUAGAUAACGAACUUUUAGAAAUCUUAUCGAUUGAAAUUUUAAAACCUGACUCAAAACCUUUUGUUGUUACCUCGUGGUACCGACCGCCAAAUUCACUUAUAGACCUUUUCUCGAAUAUUGACUCCUUGUUAGCAAGACUUGAUUCCGAGAAUGUUGAACAUUAUCUUAUGGGUGAUAUGAAUUGCGAUUUGCUGUCCAGCGAAAACAUCUAUGCAAGGGCUCUGUUAAAUGUUACCGAUAUUUAUGGCUUAAAACAAUUAAUCGACGAGCCUACUCGAGUCACACCCUCAACAAGUACCCUAAUUGAUCUUAUUUUCACCAGUCACCAAGACAAUAUUCUCUGUUCUGGGGUGACACACGUGGGUAUAAGCGAUCACAGUCUUGUUUACGCGUACCGUAAAAUUUCAAUCCCGCCUGUUUCUAAAGGAAUCAAUUUGAUCAGCUAUAGACAAUUUAAACACUUCAACAGCAAUAAUUUCCGUAAUGAUGUUUCGACGCAACCGUGGGACGAUAUCAAAGAACUGUACGACCCCAAUGACAUGUGGAAAAAAUGGAAAGAAUUAUUCCUAAGUGUUUGUGAUAAGCACGCCCCUGUGAAAACUAAACGCACCCGUCCCACCAAGUCUCCUUGGAUUACCACAAAUUUGAAAAAACGAAUGAAUUUCAGAAACCGGCUAAAGAAAAAAGCUGUUAAAACUAAGGAUGCGUCCUCUUGGAAUCGAUUCCGGAAGGUCAAAAAUAAAGUAAAUCAGGAAAUCAAGGCUGCUAAAAAGGCCUAUUAUAAUAAUUCUUUUAAUAAUUAUGCCGGUGAUCAACGUAAGACCUGGAAGACCAUCAAUGAAUUGACUUCCCGCAAAUCUAAUAAAACAAUAAUAAAUGAAAUUCAAUAUCAGGGACUAAAAUCGAGCAAUCAAGCAGAAGUUGCUGAAUUGUUGAACACUUUCUUCAUUGAGAUUGGACCAAGGCUUAGUCGAAAUGUUUCGAAUGUUGAUACCACCUACAAAGAGUUUCUUUGUGGAACUUCUAAGGAGUUUGUCUUCAAGGAAAUAACAUCUGCUCAUAUUUAUUCUCUCCUUUCAAAACUUUGUAAAUCAAAGGCCACUGGAUUAGAUAGUAUAUCAGCUAAAUUAUUAAGGGAGUGCCCUGAUCUAAUUGCCGAGUCUCUUACUUUAAUAUUUAAUCAAUCACUGUUGACAGGAAUUUUUCCCGAUGAGUGGAAGUCGGCUAGGGUUACUCCAUUGUAUAAAAAUUCUGGUAAACGAAAUGAUCCCACCAAUUAUCGACCAAUAUCGGUGAUCCCAGUCGUGGCCAAAGUAUUUGAACGGGUAGUCUACGACCAGUUGUAUCACUAUCUUACUGAGAAUCGUAUUCUAUCCCGUUACCAAUCUGGUUUUCGUUCUUUACAUUCUACUGUAACCGCAUUACUCGAAGCUACCGAUAGCUGGGCAGUGAACGUUGAUCGUGGCCUUGUCAAUGCCGUUGUCUUCUUAGACUUAAAAAAGGCUUUCGACACAGUUGAUCAUCAUAUCUUAUUAACGAAAUUACAAUAUUAUGGAUUACGCGGUUCCUGUCACGAAUGGUUUACUUCGUAUUUAAACAAUCGUACCCAAACUUGCCAAAUUAAUUGCUCAAUGUCAAACCCAAAAUUAGUUACAUGUGGUGUUCCCCAGGGAACAAUUCUUGGACCUUUAUUGUUUUUACUGUAUAUUAAUGACCUACCUAAUUGCUUGCAUUUUUCACAACCUAGAAUGUAUGCCGAUGACACCAGCCUAACCUAUGCCAGCGCAGAUUUAAAACUCAUAAAUGACUGCGUUAACGACGAUUUAAACAAGGUGUAUAUAUGGCUAUCGGCUAACAAACUGACCCUUAACUUGACUAAAACUGAGUUUAUGUUAGUUGGGUCGAGGCAGAAGCUAUCAAAGCUUUCUGAAACUCCUUCUUUUAUGAUAAACGACCAUCCCGUGAUGCAAGUGUCAACGGCAAAAUCUCUUGGAGUGCAUAUUGACCAAAACUUAAGCUGGGAAUGCCACAUACAGAGUAUUUGUAAAAAGAUUGCUUCUGCUUUGGGUGCAAUUAAAAGAAUACGACAUCUUAUUCCUUUUAAUGUAUUAAUUAAUGUUUACGACAGUUUAAUUCAACCGCAUUUUGAUUACUGUAAUGUCGUAUGGAGCAACUGCGGCAUUGGUCUUUCCGAUAAGCUGCAGAGGCUCCAAAAUCGUGCAGCCCGUAUUCUAAUGUCCGCUAAUUCUGAUUGUAAUGUGGACGAUUUGUUCCUGGCACUGGGUUGGCGUAAGCUUAAACACCAAAGACAAGUAUCGACGGCUAUUAUGAUGUAUAAAACCGUACAUGGGAUGACUCCCGACUAUCUAACAUCUAAAUUUGUAUCUCGUGACGAAAUAACUUCUUAUCGAUUGAGGAAUACUGAAAAUAAAUUAGUCCUUCCACUGCCCCGUACCAAUUAUUUAAAGAAAAGUUUCUCCUAUAGCGGAGCUAAGCUGUGGAACAGCCUAUCCCAUGAUUUAAGAUCUGCAGAUUCUUUACAUGAUUUUAAACGCAAACUGUGUCGCAACAGUUUUGAAUGAGAUCAUACAUUAAUACAGUUUUACACGGCAUCCUUGAAAAGCAGCUUUUAUUUGUGAAUAGCUAGGUAGUUAAAAUUUUAUGAAUAUAUUUUUAAUCAGAGAUAGUUUAGUUAGGUAUAAUAGAUCUUAGAUUUUUUGUACUUGCUGAAGGAAUUUUAACCGUGUUUAAAUAAAGUUAUCUAUCUAUCUAUCUAUACCUGUAUGAGAAGUAACAACUACUGACCCUAUACACCCCAAAUAAUCAUAUCAACAGAAUAAAAUAAUCUUUGAAAGAAAAUUCUACCCUGAGUUGGAUUUGAAUCCAUGUCCCCAUGGUAAUAACCACUACACCCUCCAGACAACCACACUGGCAAAGCGGCAAUUGAAGAUCCUUGUGAUUUGCGUGACUAUAUAUUUUCAUUUGGCUGCAGCCUUGUUUCAAAACCUAAAAAUCAAUAUUUUCUUGUUGGCAUUUGAUAGGCUAUUCUGCUAUACAAAUGUACAAAAUCAUGAACAGCUAUGCCCCAUCAUACAUAGUAAUUCCCUGCUAUGUAGUUGCCAUUCGUGCCCUCUGUUUUUUUUUACCUUGUUUUAGCAGGUUUCAGACGAGAUAAAUCCAUUCAAUGUUGUUUGAUACACAAUGUUGAGUGGGAAAAAUAAUCAAUCAUCCUUUUUAGAACAAAGUAGCUAAAUUUUGUCCAAAAGAAAACUAAUAGAGUGAAAGGAAAAGGAAACUUGCUGUGAUAUUACAUGAUGUGUAAUGUAAAUGCUGUCCGCGCUGUUUGUCUUUGAAAUUAUCAUAAUGGCUGCUCUUUUGGCCACCCAGCAAUCACAAACAACCAGAGUCAAAGGUUUCAGAUGUCUGUUAAGUCUUGUUUAGUGGUAAAUCAACCUGAAAUAGAAUUAACCCUGGGAGAAUGUUAAAUUAAAGUAGAAACCAAAGUUUGCUUUACUUGAAUAGAGCCAUUUUUUACCAGUUACCAAAGUUUCCCUUGAAUUGUGCUAUCAGAUUUAAGGCUAACAUAAUAUCAGAAGCCCUAGAUGUGAUGAAUACCAUAUUUCCUUGAAUUCAUAAGCACCUGGGCGCUUAUUUAAAGGUACGGCUAAAAGGAGGCCCUUUUUGGAAGGAGGGUGCUUAAUCAAGGGGGAUGCUUAUUAAGUUUUCCUAUUAAGAAAGUGUAACUUUGUUUUGUCUAAGUCUUUAAUAGAAUAAUAAAGUUAAUAUUAAUAAUUCCCCCCUUUGUUAAAACUUUAGUUUUAAUCAAGCAUACUAUAGUUCCACUAAACAUCUUACACACAAAUGCAUCGGUAUGCAUGGUUAUAAAAUAUUGAUUAUCUAAUCAUCCUCAAGAUCAUCCUCGUCAGUGAUAUGCAAAUCUGAACAUUCCCCUUGUAUCCCUACUUUUUAAGAAAGUGAGGAGGAGAAGAGGCUUAGUCAAGGAGGGGUGCUUGUUUGAUAUUAUGGCCUAGGCAGUGGGUGCUUAUUUGGGGAAGGGUACCUAUUAGAGCGUGGGCACAUAUUCAAGGAAAUACAGUAUUACAUCAUUCUAAACCUCUCUUUAUUUACUGUAGGUAGGCAGGCUUGAUCCUGAGCAUGGACGUGUUGGUGGUCACAAACAAGAUGUCUUGGACGUGGCCUGGAAUCCUUUUGAUGACAAUAUGAUAGCUUCUUGCUCUGAAGACACCACUGUUAAGAUUUGGCAGAUUCCAGAUGAAGGGCUAGGCAAGACAAUCCUGACUGAGCCCUUGCUAACUCUAGAAGGGCUUCACCAGCGAAAAGUUCAUCAGAUUCUAUGGCACCCUACAGCAGCCAACAUUCUUCUUAGUGCAAGUUAUGACCCCUCAAUUGUCAUCUGGAAUUUGGAGACUGGAGAGGCUGCCGUUGAAAUUGACUGUCACCCAGAUCUUAUUUACAGUGUUGACUGGAAUACCAAUGGAAGCCUCAUUGCAACAACAUGCAAAGACAAGAAAAUUCGAGUUAUCAAUGCACGAAAUGGAGAAGUCGUUAAGGUGGGAGUGAAUUGAUUCAAGUGUUUGCUUUUGCUGAGUUGCUGCUAGACAUGCAAACCUGUCAAAUGUGACCUGUAAGCCAUGUAAAUAAAGUUUCAGGCUGUAGUCAUGCAACAUUGGCAAUGUGAAAAAAACCGUGAUGCAUGAGUUGCUGUUUUGCCAAUCUAAGCCCAUUUAUUUUUGCCCAUAAUUUCUUGUUGCCAUCGCCAUCAUUGUUGCUUAAGAUCUCUACUGUUUUUAUUCCCUCCUAUCACCUCUGGCUUCAGUUUUUCGUUCUACAGUUCUCAGGAUGUACUGUAGUGUGGCUUCCAUCCUUUUAGAUCCACCUCUGCAUUUAAGAAUUCCCAACUGCUUCAGCAUAUUAAAAACAUAAGAUGGAGGUCUGGAUGUGAAUUUGCGAAGAUGAAGCAGGCCAUGCUUAAAUCCCUCACCCAAAACCUUUUCAAUGGUAUGUUGAUCAGAAUGGAUUUCUUUUUAUAUCAGCACAAAGAGUUUUGAGCAUGCUUUCCUUAUGCUUUGCAGGAGGCCAGUGGCCAUGAAGGGGCUAAGCCACAGAGGGUGGCAUUUUGUGAAAAUCUUGGUUAUCUGUUCACCUGUGGCUUUUCAAGGAUGAGUGCUAGACAGUAUGCAGUUUGGAAUGCAGUAAGUUUGAUUUUUCUGAAAUUUGUUAACAAUAAAUGAUGAAAGGGGAUAAAUUUGUGCUAGUCAUAUAAUCAUGAUUCGUACAAUCUUGAAAAGGUCUUGAAUUUUAGUAGUGGCCGUGAAAAGUCCUUGAAUUCUGUUAAAGUCCUUGAAGAGUCCUUGAUUUCUUGAUUAGGUCUUGGAGAGUCCUUGGAAUUCACUACCUUCUUUAUGCAACACAAUUUUCUUUGAAACUAGGUUAUUUGGCAGAGGAAAAUUUGGCUCAUCAUUGGUCUAAGAACCUUUAAAACUGACAGCCAAUGUAAAAACAUUUUUGAUGACAAUUUUGAAUUCUCUCACUGUUUUAGUAUAUACUAAAACAAUUAUUCAUCUCAGUGUUGGUGGCUAGUGAUGGAUAUUUACCUCACCGCUUUGUGGCUCAGUUAAUUAAUCCCCACUAGCCACCUUCACUUCAGUGAAAAAUGCGUCAGUCAAUUCCAACUGCACACAGUCCCCCUCCCCGGGCUGACCCCCAGGCAUUGGCAAUUUUUUUGCCUUGGAUGGCAAAUUCCCGAGGGUGGGGACUUUUGAGCUGUCAAAUCCCCCGGGGUGGGGACAAAAAAAGAGGGCAAAUGCCCCAUACUCUGUCAACACUGCAAUAUUUUUCAUUGAUCGCACAGUCGAGUAGUUCCAUUUUAAGCAUUUUAUUGUGCGAUUUUUUGUUUCAGGUGGAAUUGACUGAUGCAUAAUGGAACAUAUUUGAAAUAUCAUUCAUACCUCUAGCAAAACAAACUAGCUGAAAUUUUUCCUUCAAAUUUCCCUGUUUCUUUCAUUUUAAAAAUAUGCCAUGUCAACAUUGAUCUUUUCUCAAACAGCGUGUGUGUCUAAUGAAGAAUCCUUAUUGGCUUUCUUGCCUAAGGCAUUGAAGCACCUCAACUAUUUGCCACGUUAAAUGUCAUGAGUGGUUUCUUUCUGGUUUUUGACAUAUCCAUGGAUAUUUCCAAUGGUAACUUUAUCUCGGGAAAGGCUGAUCAAACUCACCACAACAAUUUCCUGCAGUGAAGUGUCGUUUACCACGGUAAAAGUGUCCUUUGUAACCACACCUAUUAACGUGAUUCUCUUCUUUAUUUUGGUAAUAUUUCCAGUUCUGGUAGAUGCAGGCAAACCUUUUUGGUAGAAAACGCAGCUGACAAGUGCAGCUGAGGACCUUUCCAGGCUUCUCAAUACAAUGGCUUUGCAUUGCAUUAAAGAAUGCAUUGUGGCAUUCACAAACCACAAAAGACAAAGGAAUGAUUUUCUGUUACUCAGGGUAGUGCAUGAUUUUUGUCAAAACCUGUCAGCGAGUAAUUAAAAACCUUUUUUUUUUCCUUUUUUUGUACAGAAAACUCUGGAGCAGUUGACCUUGGAGGAAAUUGAUCAGUCUAAUGCUGUCCUUUUCAUUCAUUAUGACCCUGACACAAAGAUGAUUUACUUAGCUGGCAAGGUAAGUUUCAUUCAUAUCAUUGUUGGCUACAUUCAUUCUUGUACUGGAAUUACAGCUGGUUCAGCUUGCAGAGAAAGUUGUGUCUAGUUAAAUGAUUUUGUGAGCAGGCAAAUGAAUUUUGUGGGGCUAGUCAGAAUGACUCCUGGACUAGUAAAUGCUAGUCACAGCUUGCCGGAAGGGCAAGCUGUAAAACUGACUUUCUUUGCACCCUGCUGGUACUUAACCAUACACGACUUUCAUAAUGCCAGACCGCACAGGGGGAGUGGGAACUAACCACAUCAGAGCGAGGCAAGUAAGGCAACUCUAUUUAUCUCUGAGAGCAGUCAUGUGGAAAAACAUGCAAAUGCCUUCCAAAUUUAUUUGGCUUGUCGAAUUGUUCUUGUUGCUUUGGCGUAAAAAAGUAGAAAUUUAGUUAACCUUCACUAUCUGCAAGGGAAGUUUAUCGCUUAACUAUCGCUGAUUGGAAGAAAAAUGCCUACAAGCUGCUGCAUUCUUGAAUGUACAAAGAAAUGUUGUCUGGACAAAAAUGGGAAAAAAGUUUCUCACUUCAAGUUUCCAGUUGAUCUACUUCGACGAAAAAACAUGGAUUCACGCUAUUAGAUGAGAUGAGGGAGUGUAUUUUCAGAUACAGGAAUGGACUUUAGUUUGCUCAAGGCAUUUUAAAGAGUAUGAUUUUAUCAAGAUGCUCAGUAGUAGGAGAGAUCUGUGAUCGCAUGCUGUUCUAUCCUUGGACUCAAACCUUUCCUCGCUAGCUGAAAGCUCCCACCGAUCGCGAACAAAUUGUUACAAGAAGCCGUGUUCUCUUUUCUGAAAUAGAAAUGGUAGAAGAAACGGUAGAAACAGAAAACACUACAUGCAACGAAGAAAGUAAAACAAAUGAUAUUGAUGCUAUUGCCAAACAGGAUGUAGCAAUGCAAACAAAUGAAAUUGAGUCCAGAAAUAACACCAACACAGAAAUGAAACAGCAAUUGAUUGACCUGAAAUCUCAACUUGAGAAGGCAAAUCAGUGCAUUGAGUCUCUUCAAAAGCAGAUGUUUACAGUUGAUAAGUUUAGUGGUGAUGACUCCUCUAUCAAGUUUUUUGCUGGUCUUCCAAACUGGGAUACAUUUGAUGCUGUUUUUAAAUACUUAAAAACAGGAAAUGAAGUGCAAGAUAUAUCAUACUGGGUCUCAAAGUUAAAUUUGAAUGCAUCAGAAGCAGUGUAUGAGGGUGAAAAUAAAGAACUAAUCAGAAAAAGAGGAAGAUCAAGAUCGUUGAGGUUGAGGACUUUUUUGCAGUUAUGUGCAGACUGAGGCAAGGAUUUGCUGAAGAACAUUUGGCACAUCUUUUUCGAGUUUCAGUAUCAACAGUCCGUUGGAUUUCUAUCACGUGGAUCAAUUUUAUGUAUUCAAAACUUGGUCAAAUAAACAUUUGGCCCACAGGAGGGAAGGUUAAUGAGACUAUGCCUGAAGAUUUUCAACAAAAGUACAGCUCCACCAGAGUUAUCAUAGAUUGCACUGAGGUCACAUGUCAAAUGCUCUGUAGACUACACUUAAAUGGGGAAUUAUUUAGUAACUACAAACACCACACAACCCUGAGAGGGUUGGCAUUUCUCCAUUAUUAGCCAGUUGUAUGGUGGGAGCAUUUCUGAUAGGGAAAUAGUAGUAAGAAGUAGAUUGUUAGAUUUGCCAUUCCAGGAAAAAGAUUCCAUUAUCGCUGACAAGGGAUUUACCAUGCAGGAUUUGCUCCCUUUGCGAGUAUCACUAAACAUCCCACCCUUCCUUGGUAGCUCCGCACAAAUGCCAGCAAAUGAUGUAGUUCGCACUCAAGAAAUUGCCAGUCUGCGCAUACAUGUGGAGCUUAAUUUCCUCAAUAUCAAUUUAAAAUUCUCCACUCCUUCCUUCUUAUAUUUUUGGUAAUAACUGAUUUCUUCAAUAAAGUAAUAAAAUUUUUAGGGACAAAUUUAAUGCUAGUUACUUAAUAUUAGGGCUCAAAAGGUUAAGUAAUAUUAGCAUUUAUUAGCCCAUGAACUUAAUAAAAGUGUAAAUGUAAAGAAAUAAAAACUUUACUUAAAGUACUUUAAGCAGAGUUAUAGAAAUCUGCUGAUGCAAAUUUCAAGAAAUGUUCAAAAUAAUACCGCAGAAGUUCAUUCUUAAGGUUACCCCAGUAGACAGGAUCAAAUGCGAUUUGUUCAAUAUAGAUCCCUUUCCCAUUUGGCACCUGUCCCACCCAUUUGUCCCCGGACCUGGCCAUAGUAGACAUGGUCCCUUUUAAGUCUACAUUGUGUGUCACUUAUCUUCUCCAUGAAGAAAUUUGGGUCCGAGCAUGCCUCAACGUGAAACUUGGUAUGAGGACAUUUCACCUCAGCUAAACCAAAACAAAUAGAGCUUCCAAAGUCAAUAACUUUGACAUCGAGUGAUGCGCCAAGAAUAGGAAAUGCUUCGGAUACAAUGAAUCCACUUUUAAGUACAGCAGCAGGUGUUUUCCUGUUAAACAACAGUGGUCAUCACUCGCAGCAGUUAUUUCCCUUAGAUAUUCAUCUUCAAGGAAUGUCUUCACUUUUGUUAAGGACUUUGGCACAGAAUGAUGUUGAAUAGUGGAAAUACUUUUUCCCAAUCUGGCUAUGUGCUCAUUCAUUUCUGCCCUGCUGAACAUAGGCAUCUUUUCAAGAGACGUACUCCAUCUAUCAGUGAGAUACUUGACAGAUGGUUUAUUACUAGCAUCACCAUGUGAGGACUCCGUAAUACUCGAUGUAGCUCUGACUCCAAUGCGUUUCUGUUUUCACUUGGUGUACAGACCAGUUGGCUCGGGAUCCACAAUAUUUUUGUCCUUUCCAAUCUUGAUGUACUCUUCUACCCUGAUAAAGAUAUCAGAUGAUUAUUAAACUUGAACAAAUCUUACAAGUGAUUGGUAGAAUGUAAGUAAGAUUACAAAGCGAUCUCUGUCUUACCUCUUUACAAGUUCAGCUUUGGUUUUGAGGCCUUUGCCUGGAUCACCUCUGCAUUUCAACCAAAAUUUAAGUUCUUUGUUCUUUAAUUCAGACAGUCUUCGACCGCAAAGUGACCCUCCAGGAAUAUCUUGUUCUUCCAGAAACUACAUGCUCUACAACAUAUUUCGUGCUAGAUAAGAAUGCUUCGUGUCACAUCGCAUCACGUCACUUUGAUUUGUUUUGGUUACUGUGGCCUUACAUGCCUUGCUCUGAUGCGGUUAGUUACCACUCUGCCCGGGUGGUCCACCAUAAUGAAAGUCGUGUAUUGUUAAUGUUUUAUAGGCAUUUAAUAUAUUGUAAGUUUGUGAAAAGGGAAGAGUCUAAUUCCAUAAACUUAGAAGCAUAAAACCCUAAAGCGUGUAGCUCUGUUCUAAUGUAGGGUUUUUUUGGAAAACAAAUUAAUCAAAAUUUAAUUUAAUAUGGAAUUACUGAUCAUGUGAUGUGCAAGACUGUUGGUGUAAGCAAAGUGGUACAAAGGCAAUUGCAGUGUUAGAAAGUUAAAUUCGACCAAAAUCAGAAUGAUUCCCAAAAUAGCCAGGAUGACUUCCUUCGAACAAGAAAAAGUCAACUAAUUAUAAUUAGCAUCUUGCAAGCCUGACGAAAGCUAGCGCGCUUAAAAGAGUAUGUGUCAACAUAAUGUGACCUUUUUACCUCAUAGUUUUCUAAGGUUGACAGCAAUGUACAAAGGCCUUUUGGAAUAAGUCUUCUGUUUUCUCCACUAUUUGUAAUGUAUUUAUUGUUUUUGUCCAUUGAUUAUGUGAUAUAAAAAAUGUAAAAGGCUCAACAGUGUGUACUAUUCAGUUGGAGAAUUGAUAAGGACUAGAAGAAUCCGUUAUUAGCUAUUUUUUGAAAGAGGAAGGCCUUCAAUUUUAUGAUUCCAAAUUUGGGCAAACAAUUUAUGUGCUUCUGAUUGGACGGCUAAAAAACUCCAGCGUGGUUCUAAAUGAAUGAGGGGAAUUCAGAUGCCUCAGGGUUAUACGAUUCUGACAAACUUGAGGGUAAAGUUGUCUUCAAAGAAACUAAUUAUUUUUGAUAAACUUUGAAAUUAGAAUCCCCAAGAAGGAAAGAAGCUAAGCCUCAUUUUUUUUACCAUACUUAAUUGUGUACAAGUCGACCUUUCACAGCCAUGAAACCUCUAUUCCUCCAUUGGAUUAAACUUCUAUUGGAACCUCUAAACAGGGUACACCCUCAGGAACAAGCCAAGUGUCCCCUGAUUAGGCUGAAUAGAGGUGUCCCACUGUGUCCCUCAACUUAUGCAUGGGUCGCAAGCUCUAGAUGGCCAAUCGGCAUUUAUUUAAAUUCUUCAUGUAACCAGUUGUCAAAGUUCUUUAGCCAAGAGUUUUUAUUAUUAAGUGAAGACAAAUUUGUGGACAUAUUUUGACUCAGUACCAGUAUCGUAUGACUGUCAUAGUAAUGACAUGUCUUCAAGACUGAAAUUAUUGGUUGCUUUUCUUAACAGGGUGACAGCAUCAUCAGAUAUUAUGAAUUAGUGUCAGAAUCUCCACACUGCUAUUGGCUAACAAACUACAGUGCCAACUUAGCCCAGCGAGGAGUGUGCUACAUGCCAAAACGUGGCUGCAAUGUCAACACCAAUGAAGUAGCAAAGUGUUUUAAACUUACUUCUAAAGGAUCAACUGAUUACUGUGAACCAGUCAGCUUUACAGUCCCAAGAAAGGUAUUUUUACCUGUAAUUUAAAUAAUAAUAAUAAUAAUAAUAAUAAUAAUAAUAAUAAUAAUAAUAAUAAUAAUAAUAAUAAUAAUAAUAAUAAUAAUAAUAAUAAUUUUAUGUCAUUGGAGCCCAGAAGUCAUGUCAAAAAAAGAUUAACGAAGUUAUGCUCUUGACAUCCAAGAUGACUUCCGCACGGGUUGCUGAAAUGCUGGUACGGUAUGUCAACUUCAGUCCUAUUGAGGACUUAAUACACUCACCUCGAUCAUUAUAAUUCCACCUUCUUACAGAUACAGCAAAAGAAAACACAGCGUAGCAUAUAAUGUUCUUCUUUGUGAUACUGGCAAAGAAAAGAUAAAACAGUUGACCGACUAUAUUACUAAACGUGUUCGCUCGAGUAAUUCACCAUGGAUUACCCCUCAGUUAAAAAAAAACGCUUACACGAAAGAGACAUUCUCAAGUUAAAAGCGAUUGAUUCGGGAAGUGUUGAUGAUUGGCGUUAAAAAAUUCAAGAAAUCCGUAAUUCUACAAAUAGUGAAGUUAAGUUUGCUAAAGAAGUUUAUUUUGACAAUGCGUUUAAAGAUAAUCGACGGGAGACCUGCUUAACACUUGGCGAAUCAUAAACGAACUUAAAUCCAGAAAAUCGAAGAGUUCCUUUGUAAAAGAAAUUAAACUCAAUAAUGGCAAUUCCAUUCAUGAUCCACUUGAAUUAUCCGAUUCCUUUAACGAUCACUUUUGUAAUAUUGGCCCCAGGCUAGCAAACGAGAUUCACGUGGGCGAAAACGGUUCUUCGCAUGUGGACUAUCUUUUGGAAACUUAUGAAUGCAGAUUCGAACUGAAAACAUCCACUGUAUCCACUGUCAAGUCCACCGAAAAACCAUUACAAAACAACAUUGGAAGAGAGAAAGACAGGUAUCAGAGCAGUGUGACCCAAGUUGAGUAUCCUAGAUUUUAGGUAUAAAAUGCGGACUUACGGAUCACGUCGGUAAAAACUGUGCUAAUUGGUUCUAGGUAAGGUAAAACAAGAUUAAAAGACGGGAGUUUAAGUUUGAAAGACUCCUAGAAAUUCUUGGUAGAGGUGUACCGCCCGGUCCUCCAAAUCCAAAGCAUUACCAAAGUGCUAUUUUCUACACCUAUUGUUAGACCUGGUCUUUAACAUCAAACGGUCACAAACUCGGUGUAAACCACGUCAUCUUUGCUUAGAAUAUAACGUUGGAUGAUAUACUUCGGUUAUUGUUCAUGUAUAGGUGAGUACCUCCCCCCCCCCCCCACCCACCCACCACCUGCCCCCCCCCACCCCACCUAUCCCCCCUUUCUCCUCCCUCCUCCCCCUUCUACUUCUUCCUAUCCUUUUCCUUCUUUCCGUCACUCCAUUAUCUUUCUUUUACACUUUUGUUCUACACCUUUGUUUACACCCGUUCUUUACAGACAAAAGGCAAAAGACCCGGGGUAACCCACUUACCUUGUGUUUUAAUGAUAUCUUUGGUUAUAUUCCUCCGGUUUUUUUUUGGUUUUGGGGUGCACCCCCCCCCCCCCCCCCACCCUAAAUACAGGUUUUUUGCAUCGAACCUUCUCGUAUGGGUUCUUCAUUUCCUCAUGAUCGUUCUUAGUGUCCUCACUUUGAACCGGCUUGACAUUAAACAAAAUUCAGUGCGCAAACCCUGAAAUAAAUUUGCUCUAUUUUGUUAUUUCGUAGUACAGUGGACUCCCGAUAAUUCUAACCUUCAAGGCAAAUAGAAAACAGUUCGAGUUAUCGGGAGUUCGAGUUAUCGAGAGUAAAAUCAUAUGGAAAAUGAUCUGAAGGGAAAUGAAAAUUGCUUCGAGUUAUAGAAGGUUCGAGUUACCGGGAGUCGACUGUAUUUUGUAGCAAUUGUCAUGCGGGACUUCUACUAAACAGGGGGCCAGACUCGUACCCAGUCUUAUACCCAGUCGCUAUUUAAAAGUUUUUUGGGAUGAGAGAAGAUUGGGGAUUACCCCCGCGCGCCUCAACCUAAUCCCCAAUCUUCUCUCAUCCCAAAAAACACUUGAAUAGCGACUGGAUACGAGUCUGACAGGGGGCGUUUUAGGAUCAUUGUAUGUUUCCUGGAAACUGCCCAGCUACCCCUCUCCUAGGCCAACAUUAACACUUACUUCUCACUUAGGGCAAAAUGUUGGCUUAAAGGAGGGGUAGGUGGGCAGUUUCGCAGAAGCGUAUUAUGAUCCAUUUGAUCACUUACGGUAACUAGAAGUUGGUGUCUCCCAGUACUGCGAGAAGUUUGUGCGAAAGGGCCAGCAGUAGGAAAUAAUGGGGAAAGAGAUAAAGCCAAGGUAGAAAGCUAGCUCAGAAACUGGCUAUGUGGUGUGCGGUUAGACUUUCUAAAAGUCCUUUUUUUGCUUGGUUAGUUAUCGUCGCUCGCUUGGUCGCUGCGCGACCUCAUUUAAUGGAGCUCGCUUCACUCACUUUUAAGAUUUUAUGAAAGGUCGACUCGUAGCAAGUUUAGUGUGCGGAGGGGUCAAUUAGUUUCUGUGUACGUAGCACACAUAACCAUUAUGGAACGCAGGAGGCCGUUUUGAAUGUAUUUCUCACUUAAUUAGUUUCUGCGUACCGCAUAGCCAGCUAUGAAAAGUAUUUUAAGAGGUAAAGCAAUCUUUAAUGAGGAAUGCCAACGUCGCAAGGAGUGGUUUACGGUUAAGUUCUCAAAAGAAAACUCUGUAAAGACUAAAAAAUAGUUUUAAAAAAAUGUAAGACAAUGAAAAAAUAAAAAAAAACGAAAUUGAAAUGAAAUAAAAAGUAAAUAUAUACUUAUAGAUAUAUUUGAUUGAGAACAUAUAGAUGUACAUAUACAUAUUACAUUAGGGAAGUGUCAAGGAAGUGUCUCAGCGGUUCCAAAUACCGUAAAAUUCCGAAAAUAAGCCCCGGGGCUUAUAUUUUUCAAAGGCCCUCUUUGAGGGGCUUAUUUUUGGAGGGGUUUAUAUUCGGAGGGGCUUAUCUACGGAGGGAAUUUGCAUUUCAAAAUCGAUUGAGCUAGCCUUAUAGUUGGAAGUAAAUUUUACUGUUUUUGCUUUGUUUUACUUUGUAUUUGAGGGCAAUUUUCCAAGUACAAGCUCCCAGGGGGCUUAUAUUUGGAGGGGCGAUUUAGCGGAGGGUUUUUUGCGUUACUGGUUUGGGGGGCAUAUAUUUGGAGGGGCUUAUACAUGGAGGGGCUUAUUUUUGGAAUUUUACGGUAUUACAACGAAAAUUAACUGACGAUUAGUGACCCCAGCGUCUUGUGGUGCUGGAUUUGUGAAUGUCUUUUCCUGAUCAUGUAUAAUAGGCUGAUUUAGCAACAGAACGGGAACUUCAUUUGACGACGGGAAAGCGCGCGGAAAGGACUAAACUCGACUUCCGGUGCCCAAUUUGCCGCUCUGCCAUUGGUCAAGCCAGUUGUUUGAUCUGCGCGCGCCGUCGUCAACUGACGCUCCCGUUCUGUUGCUAAAUCAGCCUAUUUAUAAUGAAAAGAGGUAGGGUAUUCUGCAGUUAAUCGUUUUGGUUCAGUUAUCUUUGACCUGCAUUGUCGCCUUUUACAUACAGAUCUGAUUGUCAAGGCUUCCCAUAUUAGUUGUGGUCACCUGGGUAAACUCGACUUGUUGACAGUUUACCUAGCGAAACUUGAUGUGACCGAUUUUUCCCUAGGUAACUUACCACGGGGAAAUUUUAUCGUCUAGGGCUUGGAUAUGUCGUGAGAACAAUAGACUUUCCCUUGACAGCUACCCCAAAGCUAUUGCUUAGGAAAAAAGAAAUACCGAGGUUGCUAGCCAAUAGACGCUCAUCGGCGAAGGUCUUGAUGACAGAACCGGACAUAGCUCACGCGGUGAAAGAAAUUUUUGGGGCACGAGUCGUCUACGUCUUCGCCUGUCUUUACCUUGCACGUUGAAUUAGCGUAAGAAAUAACAGCGAGAUGAAAGAAAAAAACGUCUCUUUGAUCGGCUGGAUCCCUACGCAUCUUGCCUUUUUGAAUUUACGCUCCAAAAAAUUCAACUGUGUGUGAAAACCUUGGGAGCCGAUAUCAGUAGUGUAGACUACGAGUAGUCUCCAUUGUUCCUCAGGGAUAAAACAGCGAGCGAAACGCGAGCGCCCGUAAAAAUAACCCCGCGCGAGAAAGGCGAGACGCGGAGGAGAGAUUUUUUUGCGUGGGGUGAUUUUCACGCGCGCUCACGUUUCGCUCGCUCUACUAUUCCUGAGGGAAAAUAGGGACUACUUGUAGUGUAUCAGUAGUGUGACCUUCCCAGAAUUUUUUACCUAGGUAAAACAAAACCCGAGGUGAAUUUACCUCGGGAGAUUUUUUGAUGAAUUUGCCCUAGGUAAAUCAGUUUAAACUAGGUAAAAGUCCGUAGUGUGACCACAGUUAUUGUUCUCUUUUACAGUCUGAACUUUUCCAAAAAGAUCUCUUUCCUGAUACAAAAGGAGAUGAACCUUCCCUCACUGCUGAUGAGUGGCUUGACGGAAAAGAUGCAGAUCCCAAACUGAUCUCGCUUGAGCCGCACAGUUCCGGAGCAGCCAAGGCUGCAAAGAAGGUGAAAAAGGGACUUGGGGGACUUGGCAAAAAACCACCAAAGAAAUCAGCACAGGCUGCUGAUGAAGAGGUAAGUGAUGGCUGUUAUUUCCUGGCUCAGAUGAGAACAUCAUUAACCUAGGACGGUUGUUAUUCUUUGACUCUUUCUCCUUUGCCCAACCUUGUCAAUUCAAAAGGACAGAACUACUCUGUUGUUUGAAAGGCAAUGAGACGGCUUUGGUGGUGCAUUGUACCUUGUGCGUGUUGAGUGAGGGAAAUGGGGCUAGAUGUUAGUUGGGGUGAAUGUCCUUUCUCAUCUCGCUGUGUUGAAUUUCACUGUAGUCGGUGGUACUAAUAGCAGAUGCAAAGCGUGGACUUUUGUCCUAAGGGAUAAGGUUGGCCAUGUCUUUGCCAUUGCACUCUUCUUUUAGACAAGAAACUUUGCUUAAUAUUGUCUCCUCUUCUCAGAUGUAUAAUGAAAACUGGUGACACACUCAGUGCUGGGAGGAAACCUUAUAAUGGACCAAAUUCCCAUCCAGGGAUUAAUACCAAUCUCUUAUCUGUUUUCAGUGGACAAGAGGCUCUUGUAGUCUAUAUACCCAACUUAAGCACUUGUGAAAAGCGUGAAAAAUUAGGCUUCCACGGAGCCCAAACCCUGAUCCUGUGAUAUCGGUGUAGUGGUAUCGCAGGGUCAUUUCCGGCUUUAUUCCAAAGCUUGAAAUUGAUAUAUUUUCAUAUCGAGUUAACUCUCUAUACGACGGACACGAUUCAGUGGGACUACCUGUUUUGUGUGGCAAGAAAAGAUUGUGUUAAGGCCAUAUAAUAUCCCGUUUUUAUGGACCUCAACCUUGUCUCUGUCCCUGAAACGCAAAGAAAGAACGUGGCCAAUAAAGAGAUUAAGAUUCAAGUUAACCGCAAACGGCAAACGUCAGACUAAAGUUGAGAAUUUCUCAGAAUAGAAAAUAAGAAGAUAAAAACAGCCCUGAACGAUUCCUAUGGUUAAAACUGGCAUAAAACUGCUUAUUUUUUAGUAGAAGCAAUAAAGAGUAAACGGAAAAUAAGGGGGAAACUUGGUCACGUGGUACAAAUCGCGUCUGCCGUUUGGCGUAAACGUGAAUCUUAAUCUCUCUAAUAUAUGGUCAUCUUGACUUCUAGACUGCAAAUCAGCCCGUAUUUUUGUGUGGAUUAAGAACGCGUGCGCGAGUGUUCAAAGGAAAGGUCUGGAAUGAGGGUGAAAACAGUGAGGGAGGGCUUCACGCCUUGCAAAACCGAUUUUGAGCAAAAAACCGAAACCGACUGUUUUGCAGUCUACUUGACUUCACGCUUGGUCGAUAACUUACCGUUAAUUAGUUAUACAGGCUAGUUUCAGGGCAGUGUCUGUUUUGAGAGUGUUCAUUGUACAGUCGAACCUCCCGUAAGCGACCAACUAGAAUGCGAAGACUUAAUGCUCGCUUACGGGAGAGUGCUCGCUUGGAGGACUUUUUAGUUCUUGUUCAAUAUCCUUCACUGACAACGCAAUCGUAAGAAAUUUCUGUCCUACGAAAUUUCAAUUUGCCGCCAACCUGAAGGGAAUUUGCAUAUUAUCACCUUUGAUUAUAGAACCGCACUCGACCUGUAUUCAAGCAAAUCAUUCUGAUUACAGGGUAACUAAGCCAAUAAACUAAACGUUACUGCUCAUUUUUACUCCUUCUAAGCCAAGAAAGUUGAUCUAAAUCUUGCGAACGUAGAAGCUGAGGACUCGUAGCCCUUAUUAUAGCACUAAAGAACCUACACUGAACAUGGAGUUGAGACCACUCGUCAAGUAUAAUGGUCGCUUACAAGAGGUUGAAAGCGGUUGGGAAAUUAUUAGACCGUCAGUCCCGAAAAGUGGUCGCGGUAGCUUACAGAAGCUGGUCAUUUACGAGAAGUUCCAUCUGUAAGGCCUCGACGGGGAAAUUUUUGGUGUUUUGGAUAGGUGGUCGCUUACAUGAGGUAGUCGCACAUGGAGGUUCAACUGUCCUAAGAGGGUUUCUGAUGCAGUAAUUUUUUUAUGUUUUCCAUAUUUCUAUAGGAUCUAGAGGAAUUGGUGAAGAAGCUAAAAUUGCAAGUGGACGAACAGGAAAAGCGAAUCAAAGCCCUGGAAGAGAAAACGCAGAAUUUAUAAGUGUACUUGCAAAGGAAAACGAAAAGUGAUAAAAAAUAGGUUCAACUUGCUAAUGUUGCAAAUCAGUUCAGUUUGAAAUUAACUUAAACUUCUAAGCAACUCUUAAGCAUUAGCUGGUUAGCUUGCAAAAUUGUAUUUUUCGACCGAUUAUUUGUAUUAAAAAUUGUUAAGGAUUUCAGUGGUGAAAGUAUUUUGAGAAUUAUUUCAAGUUCGCUGACUUGCAAAAUUUCUACUGGCAUUAGUCUUUGUUUUUCGAUUAUAAAUGAUCUCGGCUGAUUUCUCCUUUUAUUGACCUCAUGAUCAGUGAUACGAUUUUAAAUGAUUUGAAGAUUGUUAUAGAUAGGUGGAAACUUUUUUUCCUUUUACACAUUAAAGCCAUUGGAUUAUAACUGUUUUGUCAGCAUUUUCAAACAGUGAAUAGCAUCAAUGUCUUCUUAUCACUGGU